GCUUCAUCUUGGAAAUAUCGUUCUAUUAUUAGGCAGAAAAUCAUUCACAGAGUAAAACUGCUCAGCCUUUACUCCAUAGUAAAGAAGGGGAGAAACAUAAAUACGUUUCAAACAACUGCUCAACUGCUUUGACUAACUCAGUCCUUGUGCUUGAAAAUUUUUGUAUUCGAUAAGGGAGACUUCUAAAGAGAUUAGCUUGAUUUUCAGGGGUUAAUUUGUACCAAAUCAAUAUUCUUGCCACAUAAUAUUACAUAACCAAACCGAAACCAUACAAUCGGCUAGUCCCUUCCCUCUGACUUAUAGUUGGCACCAGUACCUACCUAUCCACUCUGCCCAAUCUGAAUCAUCCAAAGUAACUAAAGCAAUGCUAAAAAUUCAAAGACAAUAAAGGGAGAAUGACUGUAAAUUACAUGACGAUCCCGAGCUCUAACAGAGAUGAAACCUCUUCAGUGAAUGGUUGAAUCUCAAGACAGUUGUUUGAUGAUAGAGAUCAUGUGAUCUUUCCUGACUUUGGAGCUAUUGGGCUAUGUUGAAGUGAAUUUCUCAGUAACUUGCUGACCUUGUGAACUACACUCGCCUCUGGCUAUGAUGGAGUAGCAGCUGUUCAACUAUGGUAGCCUUGAAGAACUGUUUUGCUGACCAAGAAUAAGGAACUGCUUGACGCUUCUUGAUAAUGGCUCGCUCAGGCCUGGACUCUUUGGACUACUGUGCUGUGACUUUGGAUGAGAUAGCAUUGGAAGGCCUUGAUGGAAUCACUUUGCCAGCUCUGUGGACACGCCUGUCUAACCAGCCCAACUUUGGGCUGUCGAUUGAUGAGGCCAGCACCAAGUUCUUAUGGAAGGUGAUCAGGAACAACCCAGACCUUGAGUUCUUCCAACUGCCCGAGGAUCGACCUGAUCUCGUUCUGUUCAACCGAUUCGAACAUCUCGAUCAUGACUACGGUAUCGUCGUUGAACCGCCUCAGUCCGAGCUGCCCGAGGACCCGUACCCGUUCGCGGCGGUGGACGACCAGUCGGCCAGGGUGCGCGGCUCGUGUUCCACCUACCACGAGCGGAUACCGGUCACGGAGCUGGUGGCCGACCGAUCACUGGAGGAGGUCGAACAGAGGUUCGGCCGCAACCGGCUGGUGGUCGUGGCGUCUCAGAGUAUGCGGAACGCCGCGCUCGUGCCGCUCAGCUCGAUGGACGUGGAGGCCGAGCUCAACCUCAGCCAGUUCGUUCUGCUGGAGCGGAUCGGCCGGUCCCGGUUCCACGGAGAGAUCACCGUCGGCGUGCAGGGUCUCGGCGUGCUCAAGGAGCCGCCCAAGAACCUCUACUACCUGCGCAAGAAGCUGCUCGAGUACCGCCUCAUCACCAAACAGGGAUUCUGUAUGCGCGGCAGCAACGGUAAGAACUGCCAAGGCCGCCUGUACCACCUGCCGCGAUUCUUCCGCGAGUUCCGGCCCAAGUACGAGGUGAUGAUCGAGCAAGCUGUCGAGAUACUGCGCGCCCAGCCCAAAUACCUCAUGCUGAUCUCGGACUUCAUCAAGCUGUUUGAUAACCCGUUUGGUCUGAAGAAGGUGGCCAAGAUGAGCGAGUUCCAGCGAUUCAUCAAGUGGGAGAUGGUACCGCACCGGCUCAUCUACCCGGACGCGCCGCGCAGCGAGUGGAUCGUGAAGAACACGGGCCAGGAGCGCUCGUGUCGCGUCUACCGUCUGCUCGACCCCAAAGUGUCUGUUCGGGAGGCCUUGGAGGAGGCUGACGACGAGAACGACCCGGACGGAGACGCGCUCAAGUUCCCUGACCAGUCGACCAUCUCACUGCAACACUCCCUGGAGAGGCAGGCGUUCAACCUGCUGCAUGUGUACGGCUCGCGAGGCAUCGACAGCAACACGCUGAGGAGAGAGCUCGGCCAGACCCCUCUGGACGCCCGUGCGCUGCUCAAGUCGCUGGCCAACAUAAAACAGUCGGUGGAAACGUUCCGGGAGGACGUGGGACGCACGAGAAUCACCAAGUACGUGGCCUCGCGUUACGUUCACAUGAGCGACACAAAGCUGGAGUUCUCGAUGGAGGAGCAGCGGCUCAAGACUCUGACUGUGAAGACGGAUACAGGCGCGCCGCCGGAGCCGCAGCUGCCGCAGCUGUCUCCGGCCGACCCGGUGUUCGUGAUGCCGUGCGGCCCGGCGGACGGAGAGGAUUUCGGCCCGCCUGUGCUGACUCCGGCCUUCACCCUGCCGUCCGCACCGUCCGGCGCCGCCACCUCUGCCACCAAGACAGCCCAGACGGCGACCAAGUCGACCAAACCGGCGGCCAAGGCGGGGAAGGCGGCAGGGAAGGCGGGGAAGGCGGCGACCGCCGAGGAGGACGCCGAUGAUAUCACCGCUGCUGCCGCGUCAGAGGCUGCGGACGCUGAGAACAAGCCGGCCAGUGAGGUGGUGUCGCUGCUGCCGGACGGGGAUAAUCUGAUCGACAUGGAGCACUGCUUCCUGGAGCUGAUCGACCCCACAUCGCUGCAGCCCAUCAGUCCGCCCAAGAGCGUGAUCCCUCUGGAGCAGACGGAGCUGUUCUCCAAGUCGUCCUCCAGUCGACUGGUCAAACGCACCCGCAUCAUCCUCGAGAUCGUCCAGAAGCUGAAAAUCAUCGACAACGCUUACCAGCUGCGACGGAUGGUGCAGAACAGCGAGGACGACCAGGGCAUCCUGACCAAGAUGGACCGCAAGAGCUUCAACCGUAUCCUGAAGCGUCUGUCGGACGCGGGCCUGGUGAAGAACUACCGUCUGACGCUGAGUCGCAGCGGACAGGUCAAACAGCGGCACAUGAUCGCCGACCAGGCCGUCGGACCGGACAACACGCUGCUCAAGUCGACGAUCGAGCAGGCCAAGGCGGCGUUCCUGGUCCAGCUGGGCGUCACCAGCGCCAUGCAGGCCGAGCUGCCGCCGGAAGGACCGCCCACCGACGGCCUGGCGCCCGACGUGGCCAGCAGCGUGCGCGAGUACCACGCCAGGUUCCUCAAAAACAUCGGAAAUAAUGUCGAGAAGCCGCACGUCCGGGCCACGAAGCGGAAGCAGAACGAGACGUACUUUGUGCCCAAGUUCCGGCGGCUGCAGAUGCUGCAGGAGUUGCUGUUCUACAUCAGCCGCGACUACGCCGGCAACACGCAGCUGGACCAGACGGAGCCGCGCCGUCAGAUGCUGGCCAUGGACCCGGAGCUCGACCCCGAGACACUGCCGCGGGCCUACACCAACAACAUCGACUGGAUGACCUUCAUCGGCCCGCUGCCCACACACGCCAGCUGGGGCCGCGGCUGGAGCCUGCUCUGUGACGUGCUGAUCCGGAUGCCUCUGUGCAUCUUCCUGCGAAUGGUGAACAUCCCCUACUUCACGCCGACUGUACAUCGGUACAUGGCGCACCGGGUUCUGCGGAACCUGCCGCCCACACACCUGCCAGAGGACGUGGUCAGCUGCCUAUUCUGGAAGCGGAAGUACAUGUUUUCGAUCCACGACGACAUCACCCGUCUGGUGUUCAUGGGUCUGGCGCAGCUGGGACAGCAGAUGCUGGCCAAAGAUCAGGUGUUUGUGUUCUGUAACCGGAACGCCUCGCUGCUGGACACCAGCAUCUCCAAGGAGGGCUACCACCGCGUCGACCCGGACAUCCAGUACCCGGUGAAAAUGUACCACUUCGACUCGCUGUCGGCGCUCAAAGACUACUGGUUCGACCUGAAGACGAUCGCGCUGAGCACGGCGCUAGGCUCCCGUAACCUGGUGGCCGGCCAGAAGAUCACUAUCGAGAUCCCGUUCUACAAGCCGGCGCUGGUGCGCUGGGCCAAGCCGCGCACCCCGGACCAGGCGGACGGCCUGGACCAGGGCGAGAUCCCCGGCGACCAGCUCGGAGCAGGAGGCAUCGACACAAGCAUGUUCGCUCAUGUCCUGCGAAACUGGAAGUGGAGAAGGAUGGCUCAGCUCACGCAAGCCAAUAAGACGCCGAGCGGUCCGUCUGGCUCGUCGGCCGGCGGCCCGUCCACUGAGAACGGCACAGAGAGCGGGCCCGCACGGGCGGCCAAACGGCGCCGGCACUCGACUGGCGGCCGGCGGCGACCGGCGCCCAAACUGAUGGAGCCGCCCUCGGAGCCGCUCGGACCCGUGGUGGACGUCCACAUACACAAGCCGGCGGACGGCUCGGCAGAGCGACCCGUGAUGGUCACCCGCGGCCGAAACGUGCCCCGCUCCCGGGCGACGCGCAAACGGCCGGCCGAGAACGACAGCGAGCAGCCGGGGCCGAGCCAGAAACGACGCAAGUCCGCCAUGGAUGCGUUCAGUGCCAGCCACCGGCCGGGACUGGCCGAGCGGCGACUCCGCGUGUUCCGACCCAACCAGAAGACCAAGUUCGAGCGCAUCAUGGGCUCGAAGAAGAAGCGCGGCCCCAAACCUCCGCGGGACGAGAUUGACAAAAAGGCGCUGCAGCUGCUCAAGAAACAACGGUGCGACUGGUCGGAACGCGAGAACACCUACCUGUUACUGGCGCGCGUGGCGCUCGGCCUACUGGUGGACACCUACAAGGUGCCCAGCCGACAGUACAUGACUGUCCGGGACGCGCUACACGAGACAAUAGAGGAGUCGCGUAACAAGACGGCGCACGCGGUGCACCGCCGGAUCGCGUUCAUGUUGCGCCGGCCCCAGACGGUGGCCAACGUGAGCCUCACCAUACAGGAGCACCUGCUGGACCCCGACAUACGGGCCAUCAUCCACCAGGAGGAGCGUCUGACGCAGAACUCGUUCAACACGGAGGUGGUGUUCCCGCAGCGGUUCCGUCAGGUGAUGGCCAUCCUUUUGGCCAAGAACGACCGCUCGGCCGUGAAGGGUGACCUGCUGCCCGCCGACUACGCAGAGCUCACGGACAAGUACGACAUCGUGCUGGGUGAUAACGUCCGACUGGGUCUGGUGGUGCCAGUGCCGGCGCUGAUCUCCGAGGGUGACGUCCACCUGCACACGGUGGCCGGGCUCGUGGUGUCGUACCUGACGUCGCGCGAGGACAAGUCGUGUCCGAUGACGCAGCUGUACCACGCCAGCCAGCAGUACCCCGAGGAGCUCAUGUUCGCGGCUCUCACCCAUCUCCGUACGUCGGGCGUGGCCUCACAGCGCCGCGGGCACGCCGGUAUACGGGUCAUCAAGGAGAGCAAGGGCCUGCUGCACCCCACCAGCAAACCCUACAUACUCUCCACAAAGUUCCGGCACAAGUUCAUCCAGCGGUACCAGUACGGCCUGUACUCCGACUGUUUCAACUUCUUCAAGACGCUGCUGUGGAACUCGCUGAAGGAGGAGGCGUUCACGUCCAUCGGCGGCAUCCAGCGCGGCGGACAGGCCGCCAUGAUCUUCAGCCUGAUGGCCAACAACCAGCUGGCGUACGAGGUGUCUGUGCCGGAGAACCUGAUCCGGCUCAGUCGCAAGGAACAGGAGCAGGGCUCCGCGCUCAUACAGGACAUUGAGGAGCGCCAGUCGCGUCAGGAGGCGCCCGCCGACGACGGUCACAUGUCGCUGGGCCGGACGGGCGCCAGCGGGCAGAAGCGGGUCGGUCUGCGCUCGUCCAUGUCGCGGCUGGUGCUGCUCGCCGCCCGGGAGAGCCAGGACACCGAGCUGGCCAUGGCCGACGGCGACAAGGCCGGCGGGAAGGACACGCACGAGUAUCACGAACAGCUGCACAUCGUGCCGUUCACGGUGCUGGGCCGUCUGGUGGCGGCCACCCCGCCCCCGCCGGCGGCCGACGGAGAGACCGGCGACGGCUCGAUGGAGGUUGACGAACAGUUCAUUCCCGUCACCCCGCUGAUGGCGCAGGCCACCCGGGACAAACACGCACGGAUGCUGAGUGCCAGGGCGCCGCCGGUGGAGUCAGUACUCACCCGUCUGAAGGAGGAGGGCGCGAUAACCACCGAGGAGUCGCGGCACAUCAAGCACCUGCUGUCGCUGCUGGACGACGCUGGCGUGCUGGGAAUGCCGCCCGAACAGCUGCUGCUGGAGUCGGGUCUGGGCCGCGCCGAGCUGCGCCGGCUCUGCGAGCUGAUGGUGCGCCACGAGCUGCUGCUGCGCUGCGGCGUGGGGCAGCUGGUGUACGUGUCGCGCGCCGCCGGCCAGCCCUGGGUGCUGCACUCGUACCACCUGACGCGCACGCAGCAGGACACGGUGGCCAGUCGAGUGGCGGCCGCCGGCGGCGACCUGCGCGCUGCGCCCGAAAAGAACCUGCAGUCAGUGUACUUCCUGCCGGUGCCGUGGCGGCGCAUCUCGGGCUCGGUGAACCGCCGCGUGCUGGACCGUCUGUCGGGCGCCAUCCUCAGCCACUGUAUGACAGAGCCGGGCGCCAGCCUGGCGGCCGUCCAGCAGUUCUUCCACCCCAUGCUCACCGGCUUCCAGAUCAGACUGCUCGUCGAGACGCUGGCGGAAAUCGGCUGCGUGAAGCUGACCGAGACCAGGCAGCUGUCGAGGACGACGCUCUUCUCCAAGCGCACGGACCUCAUCUGGUACGAUGGAGACGCCGACGACUUCAGCGCGCCAGAGAACGUGGUCAUCCAGCCGACGGCCGACGCCACGCUCAAGUACGCCUGCUUCGUCGGCGACAAGCCCUACGCUCAGGAGUUCCUGGACACUAUCGGUCUCUAGAGACCGAACUAUAGACGCUCGCCCGCUCGUGCACAAGUUGUGUUGUUUUCCGUUCGCCACUGCCCGUCCGGUACUGUUACGUUGCUCGUCCGCACUAUCGAAUACACAAGAUGUAAAUAAAAA